UACGACGAUAGCAAGAAUAACCAUCACGCUUGCUUUCUUGUUACGAAACUGACAAUAAUGGCAGCUGCUGUGACCAACCGCUUGCAAAUGCGCUGUAUCUUUUGGUCAAGCCAGUGUGCACAGAUGUACAUGAUACGACACAUAUGUAGGACAGAUAGAAGUUUUGCCACCAGGUCAGAUGAAGAGACUAGAGUUCCGAAAAUUUACACCAAAACUGGAGAUAAAGGAUUUUCCAGCACAUUCACAGGUGAGAGAAGACCAAAAGAAGACAGCAUCUUCGAGGCUUUGGGUGAUACAGAUGAGUUGUCGUCUGCCAUAGGAUUGGCCAGGGAGUUUUGCAAGGACAAGGAACAUCAAUUUAUUGAAGAGCUUGAGAAGAUUCAGUGUGUGUUGCAAGAUGUGGGAUCUAAUGUUGCCACCCCUUUCUCAUCAGCUAGGGAGAGUCACAGAGUGAAGACCAAGUUUAGUCCCCAGCCUGUGUUGGAGCUCGAGAGUUGGAUUGACAAGUACACAGCGGAGCUGCCACCAUUGACUAAUUUCAUAUUGCCUUCUGGAGGAAAGAGCAGUGCCUCUUUACAUGUAGCCCGCGCAGUGUGUCGCAGGGCCGAGCGAAGUGUGGCCCCUAUUGUUCGCUCAGGGGAGGCUGAUCCUGAUGUUGCUAAGUUUCUAAACAGACUCAGCGACUACCUGUUCACCCUGGCGAGGUAUGCGGCCAUGAAGGAGGGAGCAGCUGAAAGUGUCUACAGAAGACCUACAUAACACCCGUGUGUGUUCGGGAGGAAGUGGGUAAAUCAUACUGAUUGAGAAACUGGCUGUUUUUUGUGUGAAAUCAAAGCUUGUAUUUUUAUUUGAUCUUCAACUAUAAAAUGUAUCAAGUCGAACACAAUGGAGAAGGUUUUUAUGUAAUUCCACAAGACAUGCCCGUUUCUAUGGAAUUCCACAUGACAUUUCUGUAACGUGGAACACCUUGCUUAGUCAAGAGUUUUUUUUUUUUUUUUUUAAAAGAAAGGUAAAAGCACCUCUUAUUGCUAUAAAUGUACAGUAGAGGGCUCUGGCAUUCUUCAGUUUAUCGGUACCCACCCUUCCCCUGGACCUAACACUCAGAUUCCUUAGAUUUCCGGUCAGAUAAUAUUCACACUCCAUCUCCUUUUUUGAUGUUAUUUAUAGAGUUCUGUACAUAUGCAUAUUCUUUUUUUAAUUGAACUCAUUAUUGAUGCAGUUUGCUGUGAUUAAUCAUGAUGAAUCACUUUUUUUGUUCUUUGUGAAAAUAGAUAUUUAAAUUUAAAGUCAUGGAAUUGAUGAAACACACUGAAACUCUAGCAGACAAUAAUGUUAUAUGUAUCAAUAUAAAUUAUUAUUUAACAACAGUGAAUCCAUGUUCAAGAGCUAACUGAAUUUCAAUGAGGUCCACAUUGCAAAUGUGAAAAAGAAGGCACAGGGGGAGAGAAAAAUACACACAUUUGCAAAAUAUCUCCCUAAUGCCUCCCUGAUGAACUGUUGUGGCCAAGAUUACAAAAUCGUUGUCAUAUAGAUUAAAUGAUUUGCCUUUACUCGGAUUAAUUAAUACCUUCUGUUCAAUGAAUUAAAUACAUCUUUUAUGCAUCACA